GUACUUUGGCGCUAGUGGGCGGUAACAGGCAAAGUUAGCAAGUGAGACUGGCAAGCCUGUCCCUGGCGCCAACCACAACAUGGCGGUCUGACUGCGAAAGAGCGGAAGUCGUGUAGAAAGAACUUCCUGUUUGCUCAGUUUUGCGGAAGGAGCAAGAUGGAGUCCACGGAGCCCCGGAAGCUUCCGCGCGUCCCAGAGAAUCUGCUGAAGAAACGGAAAAAGUAUCUGGGGCUGAAAGCAGCCGAGGCCAAGAGAGCGUUGGAGGAGAAGCGAAAGACACAGCCUGGGAAGCAAAUCAAGUUCAAGCGUUUGGAAACCUUCGUACGAAACUCUCACAGGAAACUGAGGGACGACGCUCGGCUGAAGAGAAUGAAGAUUUAUCAGAAGAAGAUUCCUGGCGUCGCCACCCAGUCGCUGGCGUUUGUGGUUCGUAUUACAAAAGUCGAUGGAGUCAGUAACGCGGUUCUGGACGCUCUAAAGACCCUUCGCUUGGGGAAGAUUUUUGCAGGAGCUUUUGUGAAGUUGACUCCCUCAUCCCUCAACCUGAUUCGAGUUGUAGAACCGUACGUUGCGUGGGGGUUCCCAAAUCUGAAAUCAAUCAGAGAGUUGGUCUUAAAAAGGGGCCAUUUCAGAAGGGACGGCCGGCGAGUGGCUCUGACUGACAACAACGUGAUUGAGGAGCAACUGGGGAAGUUUGGGAUCAUCUGUUUGGAGGACGUGAUCCAUGAGUUAUACACAACGGGGGAACAUUUCCCAGAAGUCAACAGGUUCCUGUGCCCCUUCCGCCUCUCGGUGUCGCGCCAUGCAGCCGUCAAUCGGAAGGGCUACCUGAGCGAGGUGGGCGACCCCGGCCACAGGGGCUCCGGCAUUAACCAGCUGAUCCGCCAGCUGAACUAGAGAGCGUCUCUGGCCGCCCCCUGGGGCACAGGAACAUCAUGUGACUGAUCCCUUAGCCAAUGGUGUUGGAGAGGGCAGUGGAUAGGGGACACAGGGUUCCUGUACCCCAAGGGCCACACAGUUGGGCCCAACCUGCCCGCGUGACACCCGCUCCCUCUCGCUGGAAGUCCCUCAAUUUAUUGUUUUGCAACUUUUCAUUUUUAAUAAAACUAUUUUCUGAAGAA